AUUCUCGAUCUCUUUCCUCAUCUACUCGUAGCUGCGGUUGUGAGUACUUAGCAAUCUUAGGACGCCACGGCGAGGAUGAACGGUUGUGCUGUGUUGUGUCAUUUGUGUGCUCUGUGUGAAUGCGGGUUCGCGCGUGAUUCGCGCGUGGCAAUCUGUCUCCCUUUGUAAACAAUGCGAGGGAUGGAUAGAUAGAUAGAUAGAUAGAUAUAUUUACCGGGCAGUUCUAUUUGUGACGAUAUAUAUAUAGAGAGAGAGAGAGAGAGAGAGAAGGGGGCGGGGGUAACUGGGAGUUGAGUAGAACCAAAAGAAGAGGGGGGGAGGUAGAGCGAGGUCGCCUUUAAAAAGGCGUGUGAAGCAGCAGUAGGAUAGUGAACGGGUGGUUGUGUACGGCGUGCGUCGUUCGUAUUGCGGAAAUUGUGGUUGGCGAUUGAUUUGAUGGAUCAGAUUCGCUCGGCCGCUCACUCAGUCAAGGUUGCCGUCAUCAUCCUUAUCAUCCUUAUCAUCCUCAUCCUCAUCGUCAUCAUCAUCAUCAUUGCAAUUUUUGUCAUCCUUGUUUCGCCAUUAUCAUCUUUGUCGGUGAUGCCUUUCUUUAUGCUUUCUCCUCUUUUCCUCCUCCUGAUCGCCGCGCUGUGGUCGUUUCAAAGCAGCGAUGUUGCGGAGGGAUCCUUGCCAGACGUCUCCACGUGGCAUGCCCAUCGUCGGCGGUAAAUAAUGGCGGCGGGGGUUGUAGAAGAGGAAGACGUCGAUCUUAAAAGGACCUGCUGAUCGGGGCGAGGGCUUGUUUCAAGACGCGCAUCCCCUAUUUUAGGGAUUGGCAGAUCUAGGUGUCACAUGUUUGCCGUUUUGCCCUUGUUCAGGAGAUGGUUAUGUUCUGCAGGACGGCAGGCAGAGGGCGCAGAAGAAGGCCCCUGUUCUUGCAGUAUGCUGGGAAAGGGAUGCUGCAGGGAAAGGGCGUAGGAAAAUAGCCCUUUCUCUGCAUCUUUCCUUGCAGGCUCCUGCGGGGUUAGGGCCCUGGAAAAGGGCCGUUUCCCUGGAGGGUACUGGAAAAGGGCUCUUUUGCUUCAGGGUGGUUAUGUGCUGCAGGACGCUGCAGGGAAAGGGUGCAAGAAAAGGGCCCUGUCUGAAGGGCACGGUUCUCUGUGGCGUGGUUGAAAGAAUUGGGAUCGAGGUCACGACUGCGUUUCGACGAAUAGGAUGUAGAGGGGCAUCGGGAAACCAUUGAAUGCGAGAGUUGUGUUUGAUGGUUGCAGGAGUGGGGUCAGAUGACAAAAACAUGUGCAAGCGAACGUAUAGGAUGUAGAGGAGCGUCAGAAGACCAAUCGAAUGUGAGGAGGGGGGGGGGGGGGGGGGGGGGGGGGGGGGGGGGGGGGGGGGGGGGGGGGGGGGGGGGGGGGGGGGUGAUGGUUGCAAGGGUGGGGGUUAGAGGACAAAACACGUGCGAUCCCCCAUGCGAGGGUCGUGUUUGAUGGUUGCAGGUCUGGGGUCAAGGGACAAAACAGCGGUGAUUUGCAGGUGGAGAUAUUGUGGUUUGGGAGAGGUGGUUGCUGUGGGAAAGCAUAGCAAUCGGUCGAAGGGAAAGGUGGUUGGUUGGUUGAGAAGAAGGCAAGUGGCAUUUGAGGCAAAGCGCCAUGUUGGAGACAGAUAAAUAUUCAACCUCUGUAUGACUGACCUAUAACAACAGAUGCAGGCUGGAGAGAGGGCGGUUGCUCUGCUCCUGAGCUAGAUGGCUAUGGUGUCAUUCGCAGAAACCGUCGCAUCAAAGCUUCCAUGACCACCAAAGCUGUCCAUGAGCCGAAGAUCAAAUCAACACUGUUUACGCCAGGAGAUUGGAGGGACAACAGGGCAUAGCAAUAAGCACAUCUGACAUAUUCUAUUCAAAGCACUUGAUGCGGAUGGCACUGAAAUUACGGCGCUGCUGUUUAUUGUUGUGUGAAUCGAAGUUGUUGUUGCAAGCCUCGCAGAGGUGCUGUCUUGUGCACUCACCUGUCCUUUUUCCUAGUUUUUGGAUGGUGAUUGUUGACAUAUGUCCUCCUCCGCCUUGGUUUUGUGACAUCGACGGUAUUGCGGUGGACAUUUCACCUUUUUGCGCAAUGAAUCGUUCUCGUAUUCUCUUUGCUACACCUGCCACCAGUUUAUACAACAACCUGGUGGCUGCCUCGAUCGUGUGAAAUCAUAGUAGUUCCUUCACGUUUUGGGAAAAUUGAAGGGCAACGGCGUCUCGCUCCUUUGCAUUUUCUACAUGUACAAGGGUUGGUGGCACUGGCUGCUAUCCAAGGAGAUCUGGAAGAAGAUGAAGAGAAAUGAACUGAUGUGGGGGGGAGUUUACUCGCUUGGUAGCUGUCAAUGAUGGUGGUGCUGUUUUCCACAUCCCAUGUCAAUGAUGUUAAGGGUCGCAAAGUCAGAGUAGAGUUGGUCCACCUGGCUCCAGGCUUCCAGCCUAUUGCAGGAGAACUUAUGCGAUCAAUUUUGAUGAUGACCCAGGCAGUGUACUGUUGUUGCGAUAUGUGUUCACUGACUGUUCUGCGAUUGUCUAACGGCUUGCGAUGGAAGGUUGUCCAGCUAUGCAAUCCUUUGUCGGAUAGCCUUAGAUUCUUGGUGUGAUGGGUGCAAAAGAGACUGCAUCUGCUGUUCGUCUGUGGCCAGCGGUGGCAUCCUACUAGUGUGGACGGCUGCUGCUGACUGCUGUAGUCGCAUUACUGCUGUAGUUGCACUUGGCUGUUAUGGAGUGUUCUCAGGUGUUUGCUCCACCCAAUUGACGCAGAGCACAAGCAUGGGAGCUGCUGCUGGUGCUGCUGAUUAAUGUUCUGCUGUGAAGUGGGAAAUGCUGUGGCUUUGGUUGAUAUCACCACUUGUCAGGACAGACUUAAAGGGGGACAAGCACGAGCCAGGCUGUGUGGCUGAAUGGUAAACACAUCAGACUGUUCAUAAACAGAUCACGAGGUCGACUUCUGAUGGAAUCAUACCGAAUAUUACAGAUA